GAGCGGCGGAAUCGGAGCCGGCACGACUGCGAUCCUGUGGGGACUGGGGCCGUCCUAUUGGCCGAUGUCGUCCCCCGCCCUGGUGGUGAAGCUGCUGCUGCCCCUGGUGGGGCCUUACCUGCCCGACAGGUUGCGCGUGGUGGGCGUGGCCCUGUGCCUGUGGGGCAGCGUCAGCGCCGUGGCCGCCGCCAAAGGGACCCUGAGCGGCCUCGGGGGUGUGGCUCUGGGCAGUGCGGGGGCGGGGCUUGGUGAGGUCACCUUCCUGACCUUGGCCUCCUCCUACCCCAGCAGCUCCGGGCUCUCCCAUUGGUCGUCGGGGACGGGCGCGGCCGGACUGGGCGGAGCUUUGGGGUUCUGGGGGCUGAGGGCGUGGCUGCCCCUCCCCCAUUCGCUGCUGCCGUUCCUGGCCCUGCCCCCCCUGAUGCUGCUCAGUUUUUUCUUCCUCCUGGGCCCGGCCCCUCCCCCCAGGCCGGCCCCGCCCCUUCCCCACCCCGACGAAGGGGGCGGGGCCAGAGAGGAGAAAUGGGGCGUGGCCAAGGGGCGGGGCUUAAGGGAGGAGGCGGGGCUUAAGGAAAAGGCGGGGCUUGGUACAAACCCCGCCCCUUCCCCAAAUAUGGAGAAGGCAGGAAAAUGA